AUGUUGUCAAGAAGAUUAACAAUUUGUUGGUUGGUAGGUGCAUCAAAAUGCAAGGGCGAGGGGUACGAAGCAGCACCAAAUUGCGCACGCAACGAGUGCCCUGCAUACACCGUGCUUCACUCUCACAAAGAAUUCGAAAUCAGAAGUUAUAAGGAUGCUAAAUGGGUGCACUCUCCAACCAUUUCCUCCAACUCUUACAAGCCAGCUGCUAGUAAGGCUUUCAGACAAUUGUUUGCUUACUACAAGGGCAAGAAUCGUGAAAACAUGAUAAUCAAUAUGACAUCUCCGGUUCUAGUAGGUGUGGAUAAUUCGGCCUACACAGUCUACUUUUACCUGCCUCAGAUGUACCAAAAAUCCGCACCUCAACCAGUGAGGGGAGAGAUAAAGACGGUGAGCUUACCGUUGCCUGGACACAAAUAUGCAGCAGUUAAAAGGUUCGAUGGUAUGAUUACCGACGAAAGCAUAGCUACAAAUUUGGAGUCUCUAAAGAAAAGCCUGGAAGCCAGCCCUGAUUACCGACGGGCGGCGCAGGAGGGAUUGUCCAUGCUUGCAGCAUAUAACUCCCCUCGUCAACUCACUAACCGAGUUAACGAAGUUUUCAUUUGGUUUAACUAAUUAAAUACUCUCUAUAUUUCUUUCUGUUACUUCAAUUUUAAAUAAUAAUGAAGAUUGCAAGUAACAGAUACAACUUCUACG